UCACUGAUCAGGACUUCUCAGGUGUCCUGGUAACCACUGCUCUCAGCUCCCUCCUCGGCUCUCAGGCAGCUGCUUGCCUGGAACUCCUACCCGCAUCAAUGCCCAUCCUUUGAGAUACUCCUGCCUGCCUCCCUGCCCCGAUGAGCUGGCCAGGGGACUGCUUAGCAUCAUGAACGACCAGUAUCACCGAGCAGCCCGGGACGGCUACCUGGACCUGCUAAAGGAAGCCACCAGAAAGGACCUAAACUUGCCCGACGAGGAUGGCAUGACCCCGACCCUCUGGGCUGCUUAUCAUGGCAACUUGGAAGCGCUGAGGCUGAUAGUUAGCAGAGGGGGUGAUCCAGACAAAUGUGACAUCUGGGGGAACACACCUCUUCACCUAGCGGCAGCCAAUGGCCAUCUGAACUGCCUCUCCUUCCUGGUGUCAUUUGGGGCCAACAUCUGGUGUCUGGACAAUGACUACCAUACACCACUGGACAUGGCUGCCAUGAAGGGACACAUGGAGUGUGUGCGGUACCUAGACUCCAUUGCCGCCAAGCAGAGCAGCCUCAACCCUAAGCUGGUGAGCAAGCUGAAGGACAAGGCUUUCAGAGACGCAGAGAGGAGGAUCAAGGACUGCGUGAAGAUGCAGAAAAAGCACCACGAGCGGAUGGAGAAGAGGUACAAGAAGGAGAUGUCUGACAACUCCGACACCAUGAGUUUCUCCAGCUACUCUAGCAGCACUCUGAGCAGGAAGUUCCAGCACAUGUCCGUGGUGACGUCCCUGCCAUAUUCCCAAGCCACUCUCCACGGCACAGCCAAGGGCAAGACCAAAAUGCAGAAGAAGCUGGAGAAGAAGAAGCAGGUGGAUGGAACGUUUAAGAUCUACGAGGAUGGGCGGAAAAGCAUGAGGUCCUUGUCGGGCCUGCAGCUGGGGAAUGAUGUCAUGUUUGUGAAGCAGGGCACUUACGCUAGCCCAAAGGAGUGGACCCGGCGCAACAUCAGAGACAUGUUUCUAACUGACGAAGAUACCGUCUCCCGUGCCAUAAGCGACCCAGGUUUGCACAUAGACUCAGCCCACUCGGAGGUCAGCACGGAUUCUGGCCAUGACUCGUUGUUUAACCGGCCUGGGCUUGGCACCAUGGUGUUCCGGAGGAACUACGUCAGCAGUGGGCUCUUUGGGAUCGGCCAGGAGGAUGCCAGCAUGCUGGGCGAGGGCAACCUGGAUGAGGUAGGUGUCAAAUUGCGGAGCUGCCUGCAGCGCUCGCCAAGUCUCGAUGACAGCAUCGGCAGUGCCAACAGCCUGCAGGAGAGGAACGCGGAGGAGCUGCCCUGGGAGGAGGUGGAGCUGGGCCUGGACGACGACAACGAACCCGACACCAGUCCCCUGGAGGCCUUCCUGGCUUCCCUGCACAUGUUUGAGUUCAUCUCCAUCCUGAAAAAAGAGAAGAUCGACCUGGAGGCCCUCAUGCUGUGUUCAGACAAUGACCUGAAGAGCAUCAACAUCCCACUGGGGCCUAGGAAAAAGAUAUUGGAUGCCAUUCAGAGGAGGAAGCAGACCUUGGAGAGGCCUGAUGUUAUUGCAGACACCGAGCUAUAGCAGUUUUUAUGAACAACAAACAAAACCAGUUCUAAGUUGCCAGAAAACCCAAACCAGUGACUCCUCCACUAGGACAACUGAAAGCCACAGUGUAGUCCAGUCCCUCCUGGCUGACUGCCUCCUUCCCCAUUCUGCUUUCAGCCUGAGGGACUCUGCCCAACAGGAACCUGCUGCUGAGAGGAAUCAUUGAGCUAUGACCUGCCUGACAUUCCAUCUUUGCUGAAUGGAGCUCCUUUAGCCUGCUUGCUAGAGGGGUGACAAGAUCGUCCUACGCUAUGAAGCUGAUAGCUGAAACUCCAUGUGAUCACAGUUUGACAAAGCACAGGAAGCCAUGGACAAAGAGAACCAUGUGAUACCUUGGA